AUGGCGACCACAGACAAGUCGCCGGCCACGAGUGCCAAAGAUGCGACGCCCACAAAUCCGCGGGGAAUCCCCUACGCGCCGUUUGUCGACAACGUCGAAGACUACGUCGCAACCCGCCAAGAUGUUGAACCUACGCUGCGGAGCUUCCAGGAAAUGAUUUCGAAGUACCAGUUCAUGGAGAUGAACCUCCAGCGACGGAUGGGAGGCCUGAAGGACAAGAUUCCCGAUAUACAAAAGACCCUAGAAACAGUCCAGUUCUUGAAGCUGAGAAAGGACGAGAUCGAACCCAUCGAAUCCACCUUUGAGCUCAACGAGACGCUCUACGCCAGAGCAAACAUUCCGCCGACAGACGAAGUUUACAUCUGGUUGGGAGCCAACGUUAUGCUGUCGUAUCCGGUUGACGAGGCCGAGACGCUGUUGUCGUCGAAGCUGUCAACGGCCAAGACGAGCCUGUCCAACUGCGAGGAGGACUUGGACUUUCUACGGGAACAGAUUACGACCAUGGAGGUAGCCAUUGCGCGGGUAUACAACUGGGAGGUCGUUCAGAAGCGAAAAGACAAGGUGACGGAAGAAGAGGAAAAGAAGCAGUCCAAGGACAGCGAGCAAUGA